AUCUACUCGGUCUAUUAGGCACAGUCGUCGUCGUCAAAUUUCCUCUCGUUGUCAUAUUGUCUCCUCUUUCGUCUUGCGUUUUUGAAUCCUGUAAAGAUGGCACACAAAAUGCACAGCUUGGAACCCUAAUUUUUGUAAAAAAACAAUUGGAGAACCCUAAUUUAUCACUUUCAGCGUUUCGAAACCCUACAUACAAUGGACGACUCCGAUUCAGAGAUCGACCACAAGCUCUGUGGAUUCUUGUGUUCGGUCCUCACAAUGACUCCCCCACGAACACAAGACCUCUCAGAAACCCUGCCUCUCAACACUCGCUGUUACGUCUUCGGCGGCGAUGGAUCGGAGGUCGGCUUCCAGUCAGAAAACGGCGUGUUUUUAUCAGUAAUAAAUGCAAACGCGAGGGCUUUGGUGUCAACAUUGAGUGCACCGGAGUCGGGGGGGCUGGGGAACAAUUCAGAGAGAGAGAGUGUGGUGUUGAGGAAGAAGUGGAGGAGAAUUGGGCUUGUCCACGGGAGUGUGAGCGUGGUUCAUCAGAUUCAUGCGUUGGUGAUGCACAAGUGCUUGAAGGUAAUUGGGAGGGUGGUAAGAGUCGUGGUUGGUAAUUGUGGGGAAGUGAGGGUUGUGCUUCUGGUUGAUGUGUAUUUGCCGAUAGCUCUUUGGUCCGGAUGGCAGUUUCCCAAAUCUGGAUCAAUUGCAGCAGCGCUGUUUCGCCAUUUGAGUUGUCACUGGGAGAAAAGGAGUUCAUUGCUCAUUAGUAAUGGAAAUGUUUUCAACUCCGAUCGUGAAGAUAUUAACUGCAUUUGGAAACUCUCUGAUUGUCAUGUUCUUGGAUGCAAACAGCAUUGCAGUUUUCCUGAUACAUCUAAGAGAAAACUAUUUGAACUUCAUGAAAUUUUUAAGAACUUACCUAGUGUGGCAAAGAAAGGAAAUGUUGAUUCUUCAAGAGUGAACCCUGCAGAUGCUUCUCGUGAAUCUGGUAUUUGGGAGGUAUCAGAUGAUGUGUUGAUUAAAAUUCUGAAUGCACUUGGUCCUAUUGACCUUGUCAGGGUUUCAGCCACAUGCCGCCAUCUAAGAUUGUUGACAGUAUCAGUUAUGCCAUGUAUGAAACUUAAACUUUUUCCUCACCAACAGGCAGCGGUUGAGUGGAUGUUACAGCGUGAGCGGGAUUCUGAAUUAUUGCCACAUCCUCUGUACAUGGAUUUCUUAACUGAAGACGGGUUUGGUUUUUAUAUAAAUACUGUUUGUGGUGAAAUAGUCACGGAAUCAGUUCCCACAAUUAGAGAUUUCCGUGGGGGAAUGUUCUGUGAUGAACCUGGAUUAGGUAAGACUAUAACCGCCCUUUCCCUUAUUCUGAAGACGCAAGGAACAAUGGCAGAGCCCCCAGAUGGAGUGCAAGUAAUCUGGUGUAUGCAUAAUGCUGAUCAGAGAUGUGGUUAUUAUGAGCAUAAUGGUGACGUCACCAGUGGUAACAUCUUAUCAAAUAAAAGGGCUUUGGGUCAUCAUGCUCGAAGGCAACAAUUCUCUUUCAGUAAAUUAACUCCGAGGGAGAAUAUUAAAUGCCCAUCACAAGAAAGAGUCAGUUUUUUGGAUUCUUCAGUGCCAAUUGUAGGAUCUACUGAGUUAUGUCCAUUUGAUGGAAUUGAUCCACCCACAGCUGCCUGCUCUACUCCAGCAACACAUGUAGUUCGAUGCACAAGGAGCUUCAGUCGCAUUAGGAGAAAUCUUCUUCACACAUAUGAAGUAGAGUCUGAUUUUUCUGACGAAUGCAAGGUUCGGAAAAAAUCAAGUAAAAGAAAGUGUGCUUCCAAUGGCCCAGGAUGUGGCUCUCUAGACAAGCAAAUUGGUGUAUCUUGUGGAUCACUGAACGAUAGCAAGAGGCCUAGGAAGCCCACUGCUGAUCAUUCUGAAUAUAAUGAAACUUGGGUACAGUGUGAUGCUUGUCGCAAGUGGCGGAAGCUUGAAGAUGCAAGUAUGGCAGAUGAUACAACAGCAUGGUUUUGUAGUAUGAACAGUGACCCAUUACAUCAGAGUUGCAGUGUUCCAGAAGAAUCUUGGGAUUACCGUCAGUCCAUUACAUACUUACCAGGUUUCCACACCAAAGGAACUCCUGGGGGGAAGGAAGAAAAUGUGUCAUUUUUCACCAGCGUGCUUAAGGAGCACUAUGCACUAAUUAAUUCUGAAACGAAAAAGGCCUUGACUUGGUUGGCUAAACUUUCACCAGACAAACUGUCAAAAAUGGAAACAACUGGUUUGUUACAGCCUAUCUUGAGCACUCGAGUGGUAUUCAGAGGCGAUGAGCAUGAAUUUCAUAAAAUAUUUCAGGCAUUUGGUCUAAUAAAGAGCAUAGAAAAGGGUUCUACUAGGUGGUACUACCCAAGAACCCUUGAAAACUUGGUUUUUGAUUUGGCUGCCUUCAGAAUUGCUCUUUGCGAGCCUUUGGAUUCCUUAAGGUUAUAUUUGUCAAGGGCAACUCUUAUUGUUGUUCCGUCAAACUUAGUGGAUCAUUGGAAAACCCAAAUUCAAAAGCAUGUCAGCCCUGGUCAGUUGCGCCUUUAUGUCUGGACAGAUCAUAAAAAGCCUUGUGCACACAAUCUGGCUUGGGACUAUGAUGUUGUUAUUACUACCUUCAAUCGUUUAAGUACUGAGUGGAGUCCCCGUAACAGAAGUGUAUUGAUGCAAGUUCACUGGCAUAGGGUCAUACUAGAUGAAGGGCAUACCCUUGGCUCGAGUCUUAACUUGACAAACAAAUUGCAAAUGGCUAUUUCACUGACAGCUUCAAAUCGUUGGUUAUUGACGGGAACACCAACUCCUAACACACCCAACAGUCAAGUAUCUCAUCUCCAGCCCAUGCUUAAGUUCCUUCGUGAGGAAGCUUAUGGACAGAAUCAGAAGUCAUGGGAAACUGGCAUUCUUAGACCAUUUGAAGCAGAGAUGGAAGAGGGUAGAUCACGUUUGUUGCAGUUACUUCAUAGGUGCAUGAUUAGUGCAAGAAAAGUAGAUUUGCAAACAAUUCCUCCUUGCUUAAAAAAAGUGACAUUUCUUGAUUUUACCGAGGAACAUGCAAGAAGUUAUAAUGAAUUGGCAGUCACAGUACGGCGUAAUAUAUUAAUGGCUGAUUGGAACGAUCCGUCUCAUGUUGAAAGUUUACUGAACCCAAAGCAAUGGAAGUUUCGAAGUACUACUAUCAGAAAUGUGAGGCUGUCUUGCUGUGUUGCUGGACAUAUUAAAGUAACAGAUGCCGGGCAAGAUAUUCAGGAAACAAUGGAUAUUUUAGUUGGAAAUGGCCUGGAUCCUAUUUCGGAAGAGUAUGCUUUCAUAAAAUAUAACCUACUAUAUGGUGGAAGCUGUAUGAGGUGCAAAGAAUGGUGCCGUUUACCUGUCAUUACACCAUGCCGGCAUCUUUUAUGCCUUGAUUGUGUUGCUUUGGAUAGUGAAAGAUGUACUUUCCGUGGCUGUGACAACUUAUAUGAGAUGCAGAGUCCUGAAAUAUUAACCCGUCCAGAAAAUCCUAACCCAAAGUGGCCUGUUCCCAAAGACCUCAUUGAGUUACAGCCGUCAUAUAAACAGGAUGACUGGGAUCCUGAUUGGCAAUCAACAUCUAGCAGUAAAGUUGCUUAUCUUGUUCAGAAGCUGAAAGAUUUGCAGGAAGCUAAUAAAAUGAUUGGUUUCUCCAUAGAUGAGGGAAAUGAUGCCAAGCAUUUUGAGAAGUUUCUUUGUCUUUCUGAGAAAAGUGAUUCUGGUACACUGUUACACCAGUUUGAGUCUUGCAAGACACUUCCAGAGAAAGUUCUAAUCUUUUCUCAGUUUCUUGAGCAUAUACAUGUCAUCGAGCAGCAGUUAACUGGUGCUGGUAUCAAAUUUGCUGGGAUGUAUAGUCCAAUGCAUUCUGGCAACAAGAUGAAGUCACUAACAACCUUCCAGCAUGAUGCAAGUUGUAUGGCUCUUCUUAUGGAUGGAAGUGCAGCAUUAGGCCUUGAUUUGAGCUUUGUAACACAUGUUUUUCUAAUGGAACCAAUCUGGGACAGAAGCGUGGAGGAACAAGUGAUUAGUCGCGCUCACCGGAUGGGUGCUACUCGUCCUAUUCAUGUGGAAACAUUGGCAAUGCGUGGUACUGUGGAAGAGCAAAUGCUGACGUUCUUGCAGGAUGCUGAUGAGUGCAGACGGUUCUUGAAGGAAGAGUUUGGAAGACCUGACCGUGAAGGUUCACGGCCACACCGUACAUUACAUGAUUUUGCUGAGAGCAAUUAUUUGGCUCACCUUAGUUUUGUGCACACCAGUUCUAAUAUUUGAAGCUUCAAGCUGUGGAGGAGUGCUCAUAGAACUCCCAAGCAACCUAGAUCUUUUGGAUGAUAUUUCCUUUGUGAAAUUGGGCCUGCUGGUUGAAAUGAUUUUUGACUUACCACCGACCUUGUACAUUUCAUUUUCUGGGCAUGCAUCAGUUUGGUUUGGCAUUUUUGCUCAGAAGGUUCUCAACUAGUAUUUUUGGUGGAACCUCGGCUCAGCUCAAGAUCAAGAUCAAGCUCAUGUUGUUGUUAUAUUACAGACUCUAAUCCGUGUGAUGAUGGAUCCAUGUUGACUUAAUGCACUCUGAAAGAAAAUUUAUUUGCAAAGUUGCUUUCCCCCAUUAAUUGUCAUUUGUUUUGUCAAAUAUUAAACAAUGGUGCUACACGCACCAAUUGAUAUAUCAAUUAAUGUAUCAAUACAUGUUAUAUUAUUACUUCAAAAUUAUG